ACAAAAACAUUUGGUAGACCGGCGUUCGAUUCAAACGUCAAAAUGUCAAAUUGAAAUAGUUUUUUUUAAAAGGAGGUGAAAAGUGUGAACUUCGCCUUUCGACGCCGCGCGCUUCGUCCUCGCGUACACUUUCGAUCAGGCAAUCUUCUCAAUCGCUAUCAGAGCUUACAUGAAUAAGCUGUUGAAUUUUUUUAAAUUGGGGAAUUUCAAGUUCAUCCAUAGUUCUGCCCCGCUGAGGAAAGUACUGCACAACGAGGAGGAGAAGAAAUUCAUCCUCAACCUUCCGUCGUCGAAAAAAGUCGCUUUCGUCCGCUACGAAAAGCAGAACGGCGUAUUAGACCUGAAAACGCUUCUCGUCCCGAUAGGCUUCAGGAAACUCGGCCUCGGGCAGUUGUUGGCACAAGAAGUAUUACAUUACUGCAUUAAGAAUCAAAUCAAAGUAAAACUGUCUUGUCCGUUUAUUAUCAAAUUUGUCAAGGACAAUCCACGACCAGAAUACAAAGAAAUAAUAGUAGAAUAAAAAAAUGGAGUACUUCAACACGCAUUACUACUAUAGGAAGAGGUGGUUCGAAACUGCUGCUCGAGAGGGUAGUUCAAAUAUCAGUGAUCCAGGAGUAGCUAUGAUCAGAGCUUUUUCCCUCGUCUUUCUCGAUAGAGUAUCUGAAUCUUUGGAAACGCUCAAACCAUUUUUAAGCCAACAGAAAUGUGCUGUAGCGGCUAUAAGGACUUCAAUUUAUGCACACAAUCACUGCCAUGUUGUGGAUAGAGAAGCGAUUUCGAGACUGGAAGCUUUGCUGAUAGAAGAAAGCAGGCAUUCGAAUGGAGAUCCAUUCUAUGAAGCCCUUUAUCACUAUUUAGCUAACAAUUACACCAUGUCAUUAUCAAUUCUGGAUGAAAUAAAAAGUGAACAGAGCUUGGUGAGAGUUCAAUGUUUAUUAGGGUGGAUUCACCUCUCCCUAGAAAAGAAUAAAAUUGCAAAUAGGCAUUUUCUAACAGCACUUCAGCAGAAUAAAAAUAAUGCUGAGGCUCUGCUGGGUGAAGUGUUGUCUCUCUCUCCGACAGACGGACUUAACAAAGUCAAUUCUUUUGUCGUCAAAUACCCUAAAGGUGUGAUUCCACUUAUGGAGAAAAUGAAGCUGCAGCUGGCCAACAGGCAAUGGGAUCACGCUGUGGAUACUUCACUGAGAGCAUUAGGCAUUCAAGCUGACAACAUUGUAGCUUUACAAUUAAGAGCUUUGAAAAUGGUUAUUGAUGGAAAAUAUGAAGAGUCGCUUCCAGUGCUAAAAAAGCUUCAUAGUGAAUUGGAAAGACAGGAGCCAAAAGCUUGGUGGCUGUUUUUAAAAGUGGUCUCUGUAUUUUCACGAUGCUGCGGGAAAAACCUUUUGGUUUUACUUGAACUCGACAGAUUUGCAAAAAGCGCCAUGAGGACUGGCUCACACGUCCUUCACGUACUAAUUGAAGUAGGGCACUUGCACUUUUUGGCCGGGAGACUCGGAGAAGCCGAAACGAUUUUCAAGGAAGCGAGCAAAGAUGAUUCUGCAUCGGCAUCCUUGACGCAUCUUUCAAUCGUGCAUUUGGCUCUUUAUGGAGUUACAGCCGAGGUGAGGGAACAAGUUGAACUUCUUACGGAAUUGGAUGAGAAAAAAGAAAAUUCUGAAGUGCUUUUAUUGAGAGCUAAGUUGUCAUUGGGAAAUACCGUGGAACUUUUGGACAAAGCAGUUUCUACGCAGCAGAGCAAGGCUUCUAAGCACAGAUUCGGAACGGAAUAUUUAAUCGAUCUAGACCCUGAACUCUUGAUGAGAAUAUCGCAAAUGUAUCCAAACACGACUUUUGGCGAUAAAAGAAGAAUAAGGGUUUUAAAUCUAGUAGUAGAAACCUGCCCUGGAUUGAUAGACGCAAGCUUAGACUUAGCUAAAGCUCAAAUUGAAAUAGGAGACUAUUCCGAUGCUACUAAUACACUUUCUAACGUCAUAGAAAAUGUAGAUCCAACAAACCCACAUGCCUAUCUGCUUUCUGCCACUUUACAUUUGCAACAAGGAGAUUUUGAAUUGGCAUCUAUGAAAUUAGAACAUGGGCUGAGCAAUAAUCUUAAAAUAAGGGAAUACCCUCAAUAUCAUCUAUUAAACGGUUUAGUCCAUAAACAUAAAGGAAAUGAUAUUCUCUGCAUUAACAACAUUAAGCAGGCUAUAGCACAUGGGCCAGGAGGGUUGAAAUUGACACAGAAAGAAUUGGGUACAGCGUUUGCAGAAUUGAGCGGUGCUCACAUGAGGUUAAAUGAAUUAAAAUUAGCAGCACAAGAUUUAAAGGAAGCUAAUGAUUUGUUAAAAGGGACAGAACACGAAUCAACUGUUGUCAUUGCAAAGGCCCAACUCUGCGCUUUGGAGGGUGAUGUGAGAAGAGCGCUAGCUCUUCUAUCAGAAAUACCAAAGGAAAAUCCUAACUAUAUAAAAGCUCAGAUGCAAAAGGCUGAUGUUUACUUGAACAAUUUAAAAGACGGACAUGGCUACGCAAACUGUUACAGAAAAUUAGUUGAAAACGACCCAAAUCCAGAUAAUCUCGUCCUGUUGGGAGAUGCCUACAUGUUAAUUCAGGAGCCUGAAUUAGCGGUACAAACUUAUGAAAAAGCAAUGCUUAACAGUGCUGGCAAAACAAAUUUGUCCUGUAAAUUUGCUCGAAUAUUGGUCCGCUGUCAUCUUUAUCAGAAAGCGAUCAAAUACUAUAAAUCAUCAGGUGAUGAUGGAUGCUUGGAAUUGGCUGAAUUACAGUUAAAACUUAAUCAACCUGAUAAAGCAGAACAAGCUUUGGCCGACGUUCCUCUAUCAAAGAAAGCUUUCAUUUUGGCAAAGGUUUAUGAAAAAGUAGGCGACCUCAACAAAGCAUUGAACACGUUAAAAGAUGCUCAAGAAGAAAGUGGAAGGACUGAUUUAGCAAUGUCAACAAAAUUAUGUCAACAAAUGGCCGUUUACGCUAAUCUUUUAAAGGACCACAAUGCUGCGAUUGAUUACUACAAAAGGGCCUUGCAUUAUAGCCCUGGGGAUUCGUCUAUACAAAUCGCCCUGGCGAAACUUUACAUGGAAGUGAACGACUGGAACUCUUGUGAGUCUUUGUGCAAAUCAUUACUCGCUAAAGACAGCACGAACGAACCUGCUCUCCUCAUGGUCGCCGAUCUCGCAUUGAGGAGGGUAGAUUUUGCCACAGCCAUGGCACACUUUUCUUCUUUGCUGGCGAGGAGACCUGAUUAUUGGGUUGCUCUGGCACGUCUCAUCGAAGUGGCAAGAAGGGCUGCAAAACUUGAACUAGCACUGCCUUACUUAACUAUGGCCAAGUCUAUAGAUCAGAAUCACCCAGGCCUUCAUUAUUGCACAGGUCUGUACAACUGGUACAAAGGGAAUUUCCAACUAGCAGUCAAUUGCUUCAGUGGUGCGAGGGGUGACCCUGAAUGGGGCAGCCAAGCGGUUCAUAACAUGAUUGAAAUUUGCAUAGACCAAACAACCGCCCAGAAAUUGCUCGCCGAAUUAAAGCCUAAAAAUCAAGACGAAGAAAAUGGCAUUCUUUUACUGACAAGUUUUGUACGUCUAGCAACAAAAGACCGAUCUGAAAUAGAAAAGGCGAUAAUUGAUUUCACAACUUUGACCAACAAUGAGACACACAGGGUAGGAGCAACUCUUGGGUUAGGGAUGGGCUACAUUGACCAAGGUCAGUCUGCACGGGCAAAAGCUGUUUUGAAACGACUUGCAAAAUAUCCUUGGACUCUUGAAGAAGCAGAUUAUCUUGAACGGUGUUGGCUUAUUCUCGCCGAGCUCUAUAUUCAGGCCGGAUCGCAACAACAGGCUUCAGAUAUUCUUCAAAGAGUAAUAACUCACAACUUGUCUAGUGCGAGGGCUUACGAACUUCUCGGGGUCAUCGCUGAAAAGGAGCAAAACUACCUGAAAGCAGGCCAGCAUUUUUUACAAUCGUGGAACCUGUGCAGAGAAAAAAACCCAUCUUUAGGUUAUAAGCUCGGAUACAACCAGUUGAAAAGUAAACGCUAUGCCGAUGCUAUUGCAACCUGCCAACGUGUUUUGGCUUUGCAUCCUGACUACCCAAAAAUUAAAAAAGACAUAUUUGAUAAAGCUAUGCCACGACUCCGAUCAUAAACAGAAACAAGAUUUCUUUUCUGGAUUUUUUUUCUUUACAUUGAUUUUCAAUUUGAGAUCAAAUUAUUGUUCUUGUGUUAUAUUUCAUUCUCUUGACUACUAUCACUGUGUUAUAAAGUAAAUGAUUUUGUUUUGUAUAAAAAGUACAUUUCUUGAAAAAGUA